AUGUCAGGCGGGAACCUCACUAGCAACAAGAGGCUCACGCGUCGCUUCGUUGGCCAUGCGCGUGCUGGCAUGGCGCUUAUAAAGAUUGGCCAUGAAAGCACCCCGUACUACGUCCACAAGAGCUUGCUCACUCAGCACAGCGAGUAUUUCCAACGUGCGCUCAAUGGCAGCUGGAAGGAAGCAGAGGAGGGUGUCAUCACGCUUGAAGACGUUGAGUGCAAUACCUUUGAUAUCUUCGUGGAAUGGCUCUAUACGCAGAAAGUGCCGAAAAAGUACUCGGAAUGGCUGAAAGACACUCUCACUCCAGAUAUUUGGCAACGCAAAGCAGUGCAGAUGGCUAUAGUUAAAGCCUGCCACUUCGGAGAUCGUUUCUUGGUUUCGGAGUUCGGUCGCAUCGUUGAACGCACCUUCAUCUGUUACAUAGUAACGAGUGAAGACGAUCUCUACUAUGAGGUGAUCGCGUACGCGUACGAACAUUUGUCAACAAAAAGCCUGAUCUUGAAGGCAAUGAUCGAUACUCAUUGUGCCACCUUCACUACAGAUAUGGACGAAAAGGUCCCUGGAGAGGUCGAUCACCGCGAAAUACUUCCUCGAGAGUUUCUUCUAGGUGUGAUGCUGAGAUACGCUGAGAUAACGCAAGACCAAGACAAGUGGAUUCAACUCAGCUGUGACUAUCAUGAUCACUCUUCGCUAGAGGAGGUCCUGGAAGAUGACCUAGACGACUUUACGGAUACAGAAGCGGAGUGA